UCUAUAUAAGGACCCGGGACGCGGUGGGCGGCUGCAAUCCGCACUUCAGUCCCGAGUUACCAGAGCUGGAGCCGGCAGAGUGCGCCUCACACCCCGCUUCAUUAAAGCAGGAACAACAUCGCUAUCGUAUGUCAACUUGCCAGAACCUGCAAAGCUUCGAUCCCUUUGCUGAUGCACUUAAGGGUGAUGAUCUCCUCCCUUCUGGGACUGAGGACUACAUACACAUAAGGAUUCAGCAAAGGAACGGCAGGAAAACCCUCACCACUGUCCAGGGAAUUGCUGAUGAGUAUGACAAAAAGAAGCUUGUCAAACACUUCAAAAAGCAAUUUGCCUGCAAUGGUACUGUGAUUGAACAUUCUGAAUACGGGGAGGUAAUCCAACUUCAAGGGGACCAGCGCAAGAACAUCUGCAAGUUCCUGGUUGAGGUUGGAAUUGUUAAGGAAGAGCAACUCAAGGUCCAUGGGUUCUAAUUGACUGUUCCUGUGUGCACACCACUGUUGGAUAAUGAUAGGUUCUGACUUAUGGACUGUACUCCUUGAUCAUGGGAAGCCUGUAUGUUGGCAUUUAACUUGCACAAUAAUGAGCAGUUCACAAUCUUCCAGCUCCUGUAGCACGAUCUCUAGAUACAUUUGCUUUUGUUCCUGUUAACUUUUGACAUGGUUUGUAAUGUUUGUGCUUGCUUUUAAAAGCACGUUAGAACUUUGUACCUCCUUUCUAUAAUGUAUAAUAAAACCUGCUUGAGAAA